UAUUCCUCAUAUUUUCAGUCCUUGUCUCAUUUCAGAAUAUGAUCGACCAAUAAAUACUUGUAUCCUUAACCCUUCAAUUUCUAGCAAGAACCCGAAAUCCUCGGUUGUGAGCACAAACUGGUCUUAUGGACUCUGCACUUUGUCUCCAUCGUGGUGCUCUACACAUUCCUUCCACCACUAGCCGUGCAGCCGGAUUAGCAAGGCCUUAUUCCAGUUUCGAACCUUCUUCUCUUUCACUUUUUCCAAAGGCUUCCACAUACCCCACCCUAUCGCGACACACCUUCUGUAGUCCUGUAAUAUGUGUACUUAACCAGCCCUCGCCACCUUCGCCAAACUACGACAAAGACAAUGGUAAAAGAAUUGUGAUAAUGGUGGGGGGUGCUUCUGUAGUUUUGGCUUGUGUCCUUGGAGUCAUCAACUACAACUUCAAUUUCAUUCCCACGGCCAUUGCAGGGCAAAAGAAAAGUUUGUCGCGCACACAUAAAGAAAGGCCAGAGGAACCAGUAGUCGUGUCUAGGCCAGAAGAAGUGUUAGAUUCGUUGUUGAAGGUGAAUAGACAUUUGUGUAACCAAAAAAAAAGAAACAAGAUAGGCCCAUCGAUAUCCAGGAUGUUCAAAUCGACAAAGCUGCUGCCGUCUAUUCCCGACAGACCUACAAAGGAACACUUCGACAAUCUUAAGAUUGCAGUAGCGGAUUUAAUCAAGUCCGGAAAGUGCGAUGAGGCAGAGACAAAACUUAGAGGGUUAUACGAAAACAUCCAAGGGAGUGAAGUUAAAUACAAUGUGGAGAUGGAAUUGGUACUAGUUCUCAUUUUCCAGGGAAAAUACGAAGAAGCUUUGAAAUGUAGAUGUCUCAGUCAUGAUGCCAGGGUUGGUGGGGAUGGUCGAUUUCCAUAUUACAAGGCUAUUAUCUACACCAUGCUGAGUGGUGAUGCUCGUGAUAAAGCCGAGAGAGAUAAAGCCGAGAAAUACUCGCAAAAAGCCCAGAUGUACUGGCAACAGUUUUUCAACUCCUUUUCCAGUCAACCACCUAUACUGGUUGAGGUUCCGACUCCAAAGUCUGAAAGACCGCAACGCUGAUAUUUAUUGGGUGAUUGGUGUAAGAGUUGGACUUACAUUAAUCACACUAUGACUUUAACAAUUGUAUAUGAUUACUGUUGAAUGAAAUAACCGGGAUUGCAUAGAUGAUUCUAUUCCUGCAACGAUAAGGAAUUUGUAUCUGUAAUCCAUAUUGUAUUGGGAAACUUAAUGUGCUUGUAAAUCAAGUAAUAUAUUGAUACAUAAUUUAUAUAUGG